GAAGCGGAGUAGGAAGGAAGCGAAGAAAGUUUAAAGAUGCAUGAAGAAAUGAUUUUUUUGUUGAAAUUAGGCAUUCGUUUUUCAAUUGUUUUACUUUAAAGUCUUAAAAAUAUAUUCAAAAAAACGCGUCUCCAGGAAGUAUUUUCGUAUUUAGACCGCGGCUAGUAGCUAGGUUGCUAACAGAUAAGCUAGCUUUACCUAUUUAUUUACAAAACAGCUGGACUAUUACGCCUAAUAAACGAACCUAACAUCAAAUAAAUCGUCAUAUUUCUCGGUGUUUUUAAUGUUACACUGUAGAAUUUACGGCCAAAUUUAAGAUUUCGUCUCAGUCCUGUUUGACUUGAUGCUUUAAAGUUACUUUAAAAACUGACAUGCUAUCAGAAGGAAAGUUAGCUUCGGGAUCAGGUCAUUUGUUUGCACUAUACAAGCAUUUUAACUUAAAUUAUGAUCUUUUUAUUCACUUUUGUGAGGUUUUUUUUCUCUCUCCAGCCAACAGGUUACAGUAGUACCUCUCACACAAUGGCUGCAACAUUAAAACACCAUGUUAAUCAAUUAAUGCUAUUUUUGUAACCUACUCUUGGUUGUACUUUUCAUUCCAGUCACCUUUUUGUGGACUUACUCAAACACUAUUUUGAAUGAAUGACUUUUCAAACAAUUUCCUUUCAAUUUAUUUGAGCUGCAUAACUGCAUCCAGAGCAGAUCCACGUAAAACAACUGCACUGUCUGGAAAUGUGGAGCAGCAUCUGCAGACCAAUGCUCUUUGCUCUGGUAGUAGCAUUGGGUGUCGCACAUGUGCAUGUCCUGGAGUUCUGCCAAAGCACUGAUCCCGAUUGUCACGGCCAUGAUGACACAAAAACAAACAGCCCACUGUCGCCACAAACUCUCACGUCCAGGUGUAAUGUUUCAAACCUCAUACACAACCUGGGACAGUUCAGAGUGUCCUGCAAGAAGCUAAUAGAAGCAUUCCCGAUCGAUGAGGUCGAUGGCAACUUUGUUCGGACUGUGAAGAACUGCAUAUUUUCCCAAUCCAUUCCAACCCCACUAAAAGGCCCUCUAAGGCUGGCGGCAGUGUCUAAGGACGUCAUCGAGGGGAUUUUAGAUCUGGACAUGGCUGUAACACGGUCAGAUGAUUUCCUGCAUUAUGCGAGCGGUGGCAAACUGCUGCCCGGGUCCGUACCACUGGCUCACAGAUACGGAGGUCAUCAGUUCGGGUACUGGGCAGGUCAACUGGGUGACGGUCGAGCACAUUUACUUGGUCAAUACUCAAACAGGAAGGGGGAAAUAUGGGAACUGCAGCUCAAAGGUUCUGGGAGAACUCCAUAUUCAAGGUCCGGAGACGGUCGAGCUGUUGUUCGCUCUUCUGUCAGGGAGUUCCUGUGCAGUGAGGCCAUGUAUUUCCUGGGCGUUCCCACCAGCAGGGCCGCAAGUUUAAUACUAAGUGAGGAGCCGGUGUUAAGAGACCAGUUCUACAAUGGAAAUGUGAAAAAGGAGAGAGGAGCCGUCGUUCUCCGAGUGGCCAAGUCGUGGUUUCGCAUUGGCUCCUUAGAAAUAUUGUCCCAAAGCGGAGAAACAGAUCUUCUGAGAAAGCUGCUGAAUUUUAUCAUCGAUGAACAUUUUCCUUCUGUGAGUGUGGACGACCCCCAGAAAUAUUUGGCGUUUUAUUCCACGGUUGUGAAUGAAACAGCACAUCUAAUCGCUCAGUGGAUGUCUGUUGGAUUUGCACAUGGUGUUUGCAACACUGACAACUUCAGCCUCCUUUCUAUCACCAUCGACUACGGACCGUUUGGCUUCAUGGACUCAUAUAACCCCAAUUUUGUCCCGAACUCGUCCGAUGAUGAGGGUAGAUACAGCGUAGGGGCUCAGGCAGACGUCGGCCGGUUCAACCUGGAGAAGCUCCUGUCGGCCCUGAGUCCUGUACUCAGAGAAAAGCAGCAGAAGCAGGCUAAAAUCGUCUUAAAAGGAUACAUAGAUGUUUACCAGAUGAGGAUUCACCAGAUUUUUAAAGAGAAACUGGGUCUUCUUGGUGAAGAGGAGGAUGACGGCUACCUCAUUGCCCUCCUCCUUGAUAUGAUGGAGGACACGCGGUCAGACUUCACCAUGACCUUCAGGCAGCUCAGUGAAGCUUCAGCCGAGCAGCUCCACAACAGAGACUUCACACAGAUGUGGGCUCUUGCUGAUCUGUCGUCACACGAGCAGUUUUCUGAAUGGCUCAACAUGUACCUGCAUCGCCUCAGUAGACAGCAGAAUGAUAGUGACUUGGAUCGUCAACACAGGAUGAAAGAUGUAAACCCUAGAUACGUGCUGAGAAACUGGAUGGCAGAGUCGGCCAUAAAGAAAGCUGAGAUGAACGAUUUUUCCGAGGUGGAGCUGCUGCACCAUAUCCUGUCUUCUCCUUUUGUUACACAAGCAGCUGCAGAGGAGGCGGGUUAUGCAGCAAGACCCCCGUGGUGGGCUGAGAGCUUAAAUGUCAGCUGUUCUUCAUGAGCAAAGAAAAACAGUAAAAUGAAGAACAUCAUACCUGUUUCAUAUUUUGGUUUAUUCUGUCGUGUCUGUGGAAUCGAUUUGCUCGGAUGCAGACAUGGCCGAAUAUCAGAUGUAAUUCUCAGUUGCCGCAGAAAAAUAAAGCACAUGAAACUGGA